AUGUCAACCAGAAUUAACCUCCCAUCAUUCAACAAAUCUAAAUCUUAUGAACUAUAUAAACAAGAACUAUUAGCAUGGAGUGAAAUAACAGACCUAGAUAAAAAGAAAAGAGGAAUUGCAGUAGCACUCUCCUUACCUGAAGAUGAUGAAACUAAGAUUAGGGAAAAAGUUUUUGACCAAAUUGUUCUUGAUGAUUUGAAGAAAGAUACAGGUUUAAAUACCUUAGUAGAUUUUCUUGACAAGCAUCUGGCUAAGGAUGACCUUGCAGAUAGCUUAGAAAAAUUUGAGGAUUUCGAAGAUUAUACAAGGCCAGAAGGUCAAUCAAUCAAUGAAUAUGUUGCCUAUUUUGACAGCAAGUACAGAAAAAUUGAAAAGAAAAACAUGAAAUUGCCCUCGGAAAUCUUGGCUUUCAAAUUGUUAAGGAAAGCUAACAUAUCAAAAGAAGAAAAGAUGUUAGUCUUGACUGGGAUGAAUUAUGAAAAUAAAAUGACACUUUAUGAAGAAGCAAAACGGUCUUUGAAAAAGUUCAAGGGAGAAGGAGGUCAAGUGAAGGGUGUAGCUCAAAGUAUAAAACUUGAACCAACUUUUUUGGCUGAAAACGAGGAAGCAUUGUGGGCUGCAGGUUAUGUGAAAAGGGGUAACAGCUAUGGCUAUAAACGUGGAGGCCGCUAUAGCAGAGGUGGAGGACGUGGACAAGGAUUUCAGUCAUCUCAAAGAGGGGCAAAGAAUUUAAACCCAUCAGGACCAGAUGGGAAACUUUUAACAUGCAGAUCAUGUGGAUCCUACAGACAUCUUGUUGCAAAAUGUCCAGACAGCUGGGAAAAUCUGUCAAAAGUCCAUAUUACAGAAGAGGAAGAACAUGCUGUUUUAUUCACUGGAUACCAAAAACAAGACAUUAAACAGCUAGGAAAUGAUGCUCGUAAUUGUGCAGUAUUGGACAGUGCAUGUAGUAGUACAGUAUGUGGAAAAACAUGGCUCAACAGUUAUCUUUAUUCAUUGAAUGAAGAGGAUCGUGAAAAGGUUGUCAAUCGCAGCGGACAUAAAGUAUUCAAGUUUGGAGGAGGAACCAGGCUCAAAUCAGUUGGAGAGUAUGAUUUGCCUAUUUGUAUGGUUGGUGAGCAAGUGAAACUAAAAACUGAUGUGGUUGAUUCAGAUAUCCCUCUCUUGCUUUCAAGGUCUGCUAUGAAAAAGGCCGGAGUAAAAAUGGAUUUAGAGAAUGACACAGCAAUAAUUAUGGGAAAGGAAGUAUCACUGAAUCUUACAUCAUCAGGGCACUAUUGUAUACCCAUAGAUAAGACAGAAACAUUGAAAGUAGAAGAAGUAAAUGCUGUCAGGUUAGAUGAAUUGAAUGUAGAGAAAAGAAAAACAGCUUUACUCAAACUUCAUCGUCAAUUUGCACAUCCACCUAAAAAACGCCUUGUGGCAUUGCUAAAAGAUGCUGGGACUUGGAAAGAGGAAUAUGAUGAGGACCUAUCAGAAAUUCAAUCUAAAUGUGAUCUAUGUAAAAUGUAUGCUGUGACACCACCAAGGCCAGUAGUCUCAAUGCCUAUGGCAAAACAAUUUAACGAAAAAGUAACAAUUGAUUUGAAACAGUAUAAAGACCGUUGGAUUCUCCAUAUGAUAGACAUGUGGUCAAGAUAUACAGUGUCAGUCUUUAUAAAUAGAAAGAAACCUACUAAUGUAAUAGAGGCAUUAAUGAAAAACUGGGUAGGAAUUUUCGGAGUCAUGGGAGCUCUCAUGUCUGACAAUGGAGGUGAAUUUAGUUCUGAUGAGAUGAGGGAGGUAGCAUCUAUUUUAAAUGUUAAAGUAUGUACAACAGCUGGAAUGAGCCCAUAUCAGAAUGGACUUUGUGAACGUGUACAUGCUAUUACUGAUAUUAUGCUGAUGAAACUUGAGGCUGAAAAUAAAAAUGUAGAAUCAGGAACACUUUUAUCAUGGGCAAAUAUGGCACGGAAUUCACUGCAAAUGUGGAAUGGUUUCAGCAGUCACCAAUUAGUUUUUGGUAAAAAUCCUAAUUUGCCAAACUUAAUGCAUGCACAGCUACCAGCAUUAGAGGGAACAACUGGUAGUGAGGCAUUUGCUAAACAUUUAAAUACUUUACAUGAGACACGAAAAGCUUAUAUUCAAACUGAAGCAGACGAAAGAAUCCGCAGAGCUUUGCGCUCAAAAGUAAGAGCAGCUGAACAAGUAUAUGAGAAUGGUGACAUGGUGUUUUACAAAAGGGAAGGGAAAGAACGUUGGCUCGGACCAGGGAAAGUAGUAUUUCAAGAUGGAAAAGUUGUUUUUGUCAGACACGGUGGAGUAUUUGUUAGAGUAUCCCCAAACAGAUUAUGCAAAAUAAAUACUGAUUUGGGAGAAAAUAAAGAACAAGAUAACAUAGCGUUGAAGAAAAGUGACAUUAUUAUUAGUAAUGAAAUUAAAGAACAAACUAAUGAAGAAAAGAAAUCCUUUGACAUUAUUUCAGAAACUAUAACAAGUGCACCUCAAGAAGAUCCAUCUCAUGAAGCAACAGCUGUUAGUCAUAAUUUACAGCUUAUAAAGAAAGAUGAUAACAUUCGAUAUAAACUACAAGGCUCAGAUGAAUGGAUCAGUGCAACUGUGCUUGGAAGAGCGGGCAAAGCAACAGGAGGGAACAAAAGUUGGUAUAAUGUGAAAGAUCAUGUAAGCGAUGAACAAAAAAGUGUAGACUUGGGUAAUCUAGAAUGGAAUAUUUUAGAAGACCAGACCAAUGACAUUGAAGUUCAAACAACUGAUGAAGUGGAUCAAAAUGAUAGUGACAUUGCAAAGCAACUAGAAUUACAAAAGCUGAGACAAUUUAACACUUAUGAGGAAGUUGAAGAUGGUGGUCAAAAGACAAUUUCUACUAGAUGGGUAAUAACUAAUAAAAAUGGAGAAACUAGAGCUAGAUUAGUAGCUCGGGGUUUUGAAGAACACUCUUUCAUUCCUAAAGAUAGUCCUACAAUAGGAAAAGGAUCUAUUAGAAUAUUCCUUACAUUUGCUGCAAGCAAGAAAUGGUCAAUAAAAACUACCGACAUUAAAUCAGCAUUUCUACAAGGAAAGAAAUUAGAUCGUGAUGUCCAUAUUAAACCUCCAGUUGAAAGUGAUACACCAAAAGGACUCAUUUGGAAACUUAAACAUGGAUUGUAUGGACUAAAGGAUGGCGCUAGGCAGUUUUAUAUAAGUGUUAAGGAUGAACUCUUAAAUUUAGGAUGCAGACAAUCAAAACUUGACCCUGCUUUGUUUAUUCUGACAGUAAAGGGAUCUCUUCAAGGUAUUUUCUGUUGUCAUGUAGAUGACUUUCUCCAUGCAGGAAAUGAAGAAUUUGAGAAACUGAUGGAAAAAUUGAGGAAGAGAUUUAUAGCAGGAAAAAUUGAAGAAGAGAAUUUUCGUUAUAUAGGUUUUAUGAUAAAGCAAAACAAUGAAGGUAUACAACUUGAUCAUUCAAUUUACAUGGAAAAACUAGAUCACCAACAUAUAGAGCCACAGCGUGCAUUUCAGAAAUUGAAACAACUUACCCAAGAAGAGCAGAAAGAUUAUCGCAGAAUGGUUGGGCAACUGAACUGGGCAGUGCAAGGAUCAAGACCAGAUUUGGCUUUUGAACUUGUUGAUUUAAGUACUAAAUUGAAAAGUGCAUUAGUUUGUGAUCUUUUACGUGCUAUUAAAAACAUUGGAAAGUUAAAGGACAUAAGGCCUAUUCAGCUUUUCCCAUCAUUAAAAGGAAAGGAAACAGAAGACUGGGAAAUUUUUGUAUUUAGUGAUGCAGCAUUAGGAAAUAUAAAUGAUGGUCGGAGUAUUAUUGAGGACAUUUGUGGAGUUGCACAAAGAACUAUACCUAUUACAGCUUUUAUUGACAACAAAAGUGUUACCGAGGCAUUAAAAUCAACCAAGUUGGUAGAGGACAAAAGAUUAAGAAUAGACAUUGCAUCUAUAUCUGAAAUGAUUGAAAACAGCUGUGUUGAAGUAAAAUGGUGUCCAGGAAAAGUCCAAUUAGCAAAUUCUAUGACCAAAAGAGGAGCUUCUGGAAUUGAACUCUUAAAUGUGCUACAGAAAGGACAAAUGCCUGAAGAAUUUGUGUGA